GCAGAGAGGUGUUUCAGUCGCGCGACGGCUCUCGCCCAGGCCGGUAGAUUGAGAGGUGUUAAAUGUUAUCAGGGAAUAUCGUCGUUUCGAGCGCGCACUUUCGUCGCGCAAUUUUUCCCGCGGCUUUCGUCGCAACGCGCACACGGUUGCCUCUUCUUUCCCUCAUUCCCUCUCUCUCUCCCUCUCUUCCUUCACCCCUUUCUUUGUUCGCGUUAAUAUCCGCUUCUUUCUCGCGAGAGAGCAGGUACCCGCGAACAACCACCUGUGUCGUUGUCAUCGUCGUCGCGAAGAGAGCGAACAACAGCCGUGAGAGGUAGCUCGCUUCGCGACAACUCGCCGCUCACUUCAGUUCCAUUCGCGCCGUAGAACGCGACCAUUUCGCGUGGAAAACGCCACUGCGUAAAAUCGUUCUCGCGCGACCACCGUGACGAUUAAUCUCGGAUUCAAGGUCUCUCGCCCGGAGAGGACUUUUUCUGCCUCCUGCUUCACCGGUCGACUCCGCCGCUCUCCAGGGGAUGUAAAUCCGACGAGCCCGGUCGCCAAGCAGAGAGCAGGGGAUCAUCGAGAUCGCAGAUACUGGGGGGGGGAGAUCUUCUCAAUGGCGAUCGCGAUGGGAAACAUGUUCGAAAUUCCGAGCGCAUCAGACCGUAUUGAGAGUUCAGCUUAUUCGGCGAGACUCGUCUAACGUCGUCCGGCCAAAUCGAGUCGACGGGCCGAAGCGAGGCCGAAGCCGCGACACCCUAAGCAAGAAAGAUGUAAUUUAAUUUUCGUCGUACUUUGAACGUGCGCGCAGCGUGACGUGAAUAAAGGAGGCGCAUCGGGCCGCGCGAGUCGAGGCGAUCGUUGACAUCGACCAAGUCCGAAGCGUAAAAUGCGGCGCGUCCCGCUCUGAGGAAGAUGCUGGUGGAUGACUGCGGAAGCGGAAUGGGGUGGACUACGGCUAGCGUGCGCGGGGGUUGGUCCACCCCGGGAGGAUGCAGAAACUCAGCCAUGAGCUUCGGCGGUAGCGUGCCGUCGUUGCACCCGACCGGUUCGAUAAGAUCGUUACGCUCGCAACAUUCUAUUCAGGCUCCGCCCGAGACACCGCGAAGAUGCAUACAUUGUCAUCCAGUACAUGUCCCCAGCACCCCCAAUAAUUACAUGCAACAUCCUAUGCAGUACUACACGCCGACUCAUUGUAUAGAGGGUCAGAAUGGCACGUAUACGCCGCAUCGUGGGAGUUCGUAUCACGGUGACACCCGUCUGCGUUAUAUGGAUGCCGACGAGAGCAUGGGCGGUAACACCAACUGGGUUCUGGGCGACUUGCGCAGUUUGCAUCGUUGCGUUCCCGCACUUCGCCGCACAGGCAUAGACGUCGCCGGUAUGCGAACGCACUUCUAUCCGGAGGGAGGAUGGGGCUGGUUGGUGUGCGCCGCCGGUUUCCUCGCCCUGUUGCUUACCACCGGGAUGCAGCUCGCCUUCGGACUUCUUCGUCUUUACGCCGCGCGACAUCUCGGUGAGCUGCACUUGAUGGACAUAGUGUGGGCAGGAGCGUUGAGCGCCGCGGUUUCCCGCGGCUCGGCGCCGCUGGUCGUCGGCGCGUGUCGUCGCGGCAACACAAGGCUCACAGCGGUGAUCGGCGGCCUGGUGCUGGCCCUGGCCUCGCUCUUCACCUCCUUCGCCCUUCAGAUGCAUCAAGUGCUCCUUAGCUACGGGCUGGUGCUGGGCACCGGGGCCGGCCUCGUAAGGGAAACCGCCAGUCUGGUGUUAGGCAAUUACUUCAGAAAACGGCGAGAGUUCGUCGAGAUGGUGGUGCAGGCCGGCACCGGCGUGGGAAUUGCUCUCUUCAGCGUCUUCUAUAUGGAGGCCGUCGGGAAGCUGGGCUGGAGGCUGGGGCUCCAAUCGGUAACGGGAGCACUCUCGUUGGCCUUCUUCCUGGGGCUGAUUUACCGGAGUGCCUCGCUGUACCACCCGCAACGGCGCGCCAUAUUGCAUCUGAAGAACCAGCGCGGCAAAGUGAAGGAGAAGAAGUCCGCGAACAAGGUACCGAGGCAGCCGCUGGUCGACCUGAGUCCUCUGGGAUCGCGUCCUGUGAGAAUGCUCAUGCUGGCCGCUGGCGCUGCCGGUUUCGGUCUUUACACCCCCGCCUUCUACAUUGCACUGCAAGGCUACCAGGACGGGCUGGAGGCGAGCGCGCUGGUGUUGCUGCAGACCUGUCUGGGCUUGGCGGCGGCUCUGGGAUGCGCGGCUUGGGGGGUAGUUACCGCCAGACCUUCCGCUCAGUGCCUAGUGUCCAGGCAAUAUCUCUGCCAAGCGGCGCUCAUCGGGGUCGCCAUAGCUCAAGUGGCGCUCGGUAGCGUACAAGGAUAUCACGGACUUGUACUGGCCUCCGGGCUUUACGGCGCUUCACUCGGCGGCGCGCUCUACUCCCUCAAGAUGUUAGCUCUGGAAAGACUGCGGGCCAGACACUUUGCCAGAUCGUGGGCUCUGGUGCAAGCCGCGGAAGCUCUACCGAUCCUACUCGGAGUUCCUCUCACAGGUUACAUGAACGCGAACAGCCCGCGAGUGGGCUACUACGCGUGCACCCUGAGUUCCUUGUGCGGCGCGGCCCUGCUCUUCCUGGUCGGCUGGGGGCGGCAGCCGGCGUCGCCGAUCCUACCUGGGCCGCGGCUAUCCAGCCUCGGCGUCGUGCCGCCGCCACCGCCGUGCGCCUGUCCGCCACCGCCGCGGCCCCGACUGCCCAAGUCGCAGUCGUUGCACGUGCCGCUGGACAUGGUGGAGGACAACAUACGCGAUCGGGACUUGGAGCGGAUGCACGACGCCGAACACUACUACCACCCCCAUCAGUUCCACGCGCCCCUCAGGCCGAGCAAGAGCGUGCCGGAGGGCCUCAGCCAUCAGGACCCGUAUCGGACCCGACCGCGUCGUCACCGCGACAUCACCGUCAUCGAGCAGAUCACCACCAGCGUGUAGAUCGCGCGAGACGCGUAGACGAGGCGUAGGAUGGUAGGACCCCGACCCCGACCCCGACCCCGACCCUGGAGCGCGCGGAGUCUGGGACGACGGGGCGAGACUUUUCUCCUCCAUUCGGCGCGUCGCUCGCAAACUUUGCGCAACUUUGCGAGCGACGCAGCCGGUCGGCCUGACUUUUCGCCGGACGUUGUUUGCUUUAGCAAACCGUGCGGGCCAAGUUUUGCUUGUUUCGUCGCGACGUUACUCGCGCGACGGGGAUGCUACGUCCCGCGAUACGGCAUGCACGCGGAUUUCGAAAGUUUGCGGAUAUCGUUUCAACGCCAAGAACCGCCAUCUGUAUUUCUUUCGUCGGUAUGUAUCACCGCAUUUUUUACGCGUGUGCGCGGCCCGCCCGCGCAC